CACUCCAGGGGCUGGUAGUAACUUCUCCAGUAGUUUGUCAACAAGGGGGCACAGGCUUAAUUCGUGGGGUGACACUAAGGUGGGGAAAUAGGGUCAAAUUUGGGUUCAGGCGUCGUUGCAAGGCUGAUGACGUAGCAAAGCAAAGUUCAGCUCCCAACACAAAACCCCUCAGAGAUGGCCCUGCUUUGGCAGCGCCCUGUUUGAAAUCGCAAGGUCGCACGUAAUAUCGGGAAACUUCGUCUGAAAGCUGAGAAUCUCCUCUUUCUUUCGAGCCUGGAUUGGCGUCUGUGCGACCCCGCGCUGCCGAGUUAUCGGGGUGCGAAUGCGGGUACUCCCGCGCGCCUGGCUGCAGAAAAUGCAUUUGGUGUGAGGCUCCUGUUCAGCCUGAGCCAGAGACACGCAAAGGAGACGAAGGCGCAGAGCUGAGCUGCUCCCUCCUCCGAUAUUAUGAGGGAUCCCGGGCGGAGCAGAGCUCGGAGAAACCCGGCUCCAUGGUGAGAAGGAAGAAGAGCCCCCAGGGGUGCGAGGGAAACCGAAAUGGGAUGACAGUAAAGCUGAAGAGUGGGGAGGAAAGGUUAAAGAAGCCAAACAAGAGAGCACCAGAGGCUGAAGAGGAAGAAGAGGCAGCAGGAGAAGGGGAAGAAAAAAGCAUAAAAGAGGGUAAUAUACCCCUUCCCGACACUCCCAGCCAGGACCCCGAACAGGUUUUGACCCCGAGUGAACCCUCCAACCUCCAGCAAGACCAGCGCCAUUUUCUGAGGUCCAGCGUCAGGCCUCACACCAAGAGACUCAGGAAGGAUUCCUGCAGCGAUGGAGCCGGCACCAGCACCAAAUCUAAAGGACUGGACAGUGCCACUCCAUCUUCCCCUAGCUGCUCUACAGGACUGGCACCCAAUGCCCCUAAAACAUCCAGCCGCAACCUAGCACCAUCGGGCGGGGAAAAGGAAGAAGGCAGCAAGAAAAAAGUGAGACGACAAUGGGAGUCUUGGAGCACAGAGGAUAAAAACACAUUCUUUGAGGCACUUUAUGAACAUGGCAAGGACUUUGAAGCCAUUCAGAACAACAUUGCCCUGAAAUACAAGAAGAAAGCCAAACCGGCCAGCAUAAUAAAGAAUAAGGAGCAGGUUCGGCACUUCUACUACAGGACCUGGCACAAGAUCUCCAAAUAUAUAGACUUUAACAAUGUGUUCUCUCGUGGCCUGAAGAAGUCCUCACAGGAACUGUAUGGGCUGAUCUGUUAUGGGGAGCUCCGUAAGAAGAUUGGAGGGUGUAUGGAUGAUAAGAAUGCAACAAAGUUGAAUGAGCUAAUACAGUUAGGAGUAACCACAGUGAGGUACAAAGGAAGGAAUCUGCGGAUCAAGGCCCCAAUGUGUAGAGCGCUGAAGAAACUCUGUGACCCCGAUGGCAAAACAGGUUUAAGUGACGAAGAAGACCAGAAACCUGUUCGAUUGCCUCUUAAAGUUUCUGUAGAACUUCAGCCUCGGAACAACCAAGCCUGGGCUCGAGUGCAGAGCCUGGCACAGAAUCCACGUCUCAGGAUGAUUGUGGAACUGCAUAGAAAGGUCUCCAGCCUCAUAGAGUUCCUCAAGCAGAAGUGGGCCCUUAAAGAGGUCCAAAUUCGUAAAACUCUGGAGGAUCAUCAACUUAAAGAGUUGGGACCCCAGGAGUCAGAAGACGAAUUGUUCCUCUUUCCCACAGAGGCAGCACAGUUAUCUUCCUUGCCUGGUGUGGCCAGAGUGGUCCAUUCCAAGGCCUACUGCACAGUUCAUUGGCAAGAGACAGGAAAGUGCAAACAGAGUAUUAAAGACACUCAUUUGCUGCCUCCUGCUCAGAUUCUGGGCAUCCAAACUGGACAGGGGACAGCCAGGGUGCAGCUAAAGUGUCUGAAAGGGGGGGCAGAUAGUAAUAAGGGCAACAAAGUAAACGGUGGGGCUGAUGCCCAGCCUGAUAGGACACAAGUGAUUGAGGAUGGCUCUGUAGAGAAUGUAGUGUCUACAGGUGUUUCCCUCAGUCCAAAGACCCCUGAUGAUUCCCCUCCAGAGCAUGUAGACUCUCCUGCAGAUGCACCUUAUGAAGGGUCUGGCAGCAGGCAGCCUGAUGUAGAGGAGCUAUCACUGCUUGACCCUUUUCCCCGUUACCUAAAGUCCUGCCAGGACCUUAUUAUACCAGAGGAAAACGAUUGCACAGACAAAGCCCCUGACAUCUCUCCUACAUCUCCCGAAACUCUUAAUUCAAGCACUAUGGAAGUUUCCCCUGGUCAACGGCAAACAGAAUCACAGACUACAACUGGUGGGCCACCUGAUAAUUGCACUACAGAAAUGUCAGGCACAGACUCUCAGGAGAAGGAGCAGUGUAAUGCCCCCAAGCCCUCCCAAGAAAGUGCUAAUCAACUAAUUGAGCAGCUACGCCAGGAGGGCUGGAACCAACGGACUUCUGAAAAUCUGACACUAGCCGAGGUCUACCUCAUGCUGGGCAAGCCAGGCAAAUUACAGCUAGAGUAUGAAUGGUUGGCACCCUCCAAUCCGGAUGGUUCGGCCCACGCCACGUGCCACAAGCAGAGACUCCUAAACUGCCUUUUACGCCUCAUCUCAACAGAAGUGAACCAUAAAACCUCCUUGCAGACUCCAGAAACCACUUCAGUUGCCACUUCGCCAAUGAAGCUUCCAGCCCAGGAUCAGACGUUGACACCUCCAGGGAAGGUCAUCACACUGUUGUCCAGGAACCCCAGCUGCUUACAGUCACAACCCACACCCCAGAUCCAUCCUCACUUCACCUCUACAUCGAGCACCCCAGGUUUCCGGAACCAUCCACGUCCAUUGUUAGUGGGUAAUCCCUUGGGGUCUGUAACAAGCACCACGGAUGGAGGAGUGUUUGCGGUGCCCACCAUGAGGCCACCCAACAGCCGGCAUUCAAAAGUCUCUUCUCCCGGCAAAGAAUCUGGCAGUCCAGUUCGUCAGCCAUUGGAUGCUAUCAGUCCUGAAUUCUUUUUGCCGAAGUCUAAGAAGCCAAGAAGCAGACACCCAAGGAAACCCUUAGUUGUCCAGAGGACUCUUCUACCAAGACCUUCUGGUAGCGCCUCCCAACAUGUGUGCUCCUUCUCUAUCCUUUCCAACUCCUCGGUGGCAGGUAGGGGCUCUUUCCGCCCUAUCCACUCGUCCCUUGGCAGUACAUCUGUAUCACAUAUUGUCCCCAAAGGUUUGACCACCACCAACCCUUUGUCUAGUGCCAUUGAUCUGGCUGCUAAGACUGCAGGUAUUAUACCAGGUGGCAGUGUGCCAGUGGUGGAGACGGACGGUUUGUCAGGAAUAAGCCCUCUGCCACCCGAUGGGCUAACUGGGACAUCUCAGACUGCCGCUAGCCAAGGCACCAGUACAGACUCCAUACCAUCUGUGACAGUAUCUACUGAGGACCCUAUUCCAUUUAUGGCUCUUUCCACAGCACAUGUGCAGGAGCCAAGCCAGUCGUUCCAGCCAUCAGCUGUCUUGUCUCUGCCUGAGCUUUCCCAGAAUCCCCAGCAGAAUGGGCCAACAAGUUGUACCCCUAGCAGCGCUGGUAGCUGCCUUUCCCCUCCUAAUGUAUCUGCUUUGCUGGACAUUUCUCUUCCUGGACCACCAGAUGAUGUCCUGUCACACGGAGGAAAUUCCACACAUAUCAGUGACUCAAUCAUUGAAAUAGCCAUUAGCUCGGGGCAGUUUGGAGAAGCAGUGCCACUGUCACCAGCCAAGCUGAAUGAUAACUCUAAGAGUCUUCCGUCCCCCAACUCCAGUCCCCAACAGAACUGGAUUGCCUCUCCCAGCCAUGAUCCACAGUGGUACCCUAAUGAUUCCACAGACUCCUCACUCAGCAGUUUAUUUUCCAGUUUCAUUUCUCCGGAGAAGGGACGCAAGACGGUGCCCGCAGCCCCAGGUAGUACCAGUGGUACCUCUCUGCUAGGCCCAAGCCUGCUGGACGGGAGCUCACGGGACUCCUUUGUUUCUCGGUCUCUGGAUGUAACUGAGGUUGUUGACUCUCAGCUAGCCUGUCUGAUGAACGAGAAUAGCAUUGAUUACAUAUCCCGUUUCAAUGACCUGGCCCAGGAGCUGUCGGCAACAGAGCCUGCUAGAAGAGAAAUUCCAUUUGAAUCUGGAGCCCCAGGAAGUGGGCAGCCCAUUCGUGACCUGUCCUAAAGCAAGCUUACUCUUUAUAGUCUCCUUUCGUGUACAUUACAGUUGCAGCAGGAAAACAGAAAAUAAGCCAAACCCUUUUUAUAUGGCUUUGCUCAUUUAACAUAACUGGGUUACUCACUUGCCCCGUUUAACUUCAUUGCUGUCCUCCACUACAUUCAUAUAUGAUAGCAUCUCAUAAAUAAACGAAAAACAUCAAUUCUUCCAUCUCCUGCACUGUAGGGAGAGGUAUACACAGUUGUACUGUAUAGCUACAGCAUAAAGAGGCAAUCAGUAUACGUUUAAAUAUUAGUAUAUGUUUAAAUAUUAUUUGAAGCCGUCUGUAGUCAUUGAAUAUUCCUUAUCUCCAAGAACAAGGCCGGAUUUAUGGUAAUUGCACUGAUUUAACAUUGUUCCUUUCAUGAGAGAUUCAUGCAUUCUACAGUGCAACAUAACUCGCCAUGGGCUGAACGACUACACUUCAGUUUCUUGUUGGCUGAGGAUCCUGCGACUUAAAUGUUCUGCAACACCUGAACAGGCUGGUUAUCCCUGACUUUGUGUGGACCAUAGGAGCUUGGAUUGGCACUUUACUGCUUCUGUGACAGUUUUCUUUAUGUCAUCUGUGAUGGCAGUUUUAGUUGUACAGAGACUCAAAAAGGUUCAUAUUCAUUAUAACAUGGUAUAUCAUUUUCUGCUGUCACAGCAAGUUAAAACUGCUUGUACUCUGUGUAAUAGGUGGCCAGUGUAUGCCCCAUGUUGGCUAUAAGAUGAAGUGCCCCUUUCCCUGUUUUUUUUUUUUUUUUGCAGAUUGAGCAGCACCACAAUAACGUCCUGUGGAUGCUGCUCAUUAAUAAGACAUAGAGAAAAGAAGACAUCCCCAAG